AUGAAUCAGGAUAAUUUCCCAUUGAAAUUCCGCCGAGCAUCCAGCAAACUUCACAAGGACCCCCCUAGCUUCGGUUCGCGCAUUCUUCGGAGUCACCAAAGCACCACAUCAUUGAAACGCACCCCCUCCGCUCCUGUUUAUCCCCGUUCUUCUCCUAGUAGCAGUCGCGAGCAUAAUCGAUCGCGAUCCAACGCACAAUUUCCAGGUUCUUCGUCGUCUUCGCUGGAACAGACCAGUGGCGGUCCAUCGCCUUCCAACGACGAAUCAAGCGGCUUUUUCUCCAACUUCUCCUCCCGAUCUCGGACCCGAAGUUCCAACCGCUUCUCCUACAACGAGCAGAGUUCGGAUGAACUGAAUGCCCCUUACGAAACCCGGGGCAUGCUCAGUGCGUUGGAUGAGAACACUGCCGAGACCGAUCCUCACUCCCACCAAAGACCCGAGCUCCGCUCUCAUCAUACCAGCCCCGACAACCGCGGACGCCACUCACUCCGCCAGUCCGCCAGCUUCACCACCUUAACGCAGCGGAUGGAUCCCUUCGCGCAUCGUGAGACCGAAAUGCCUCCAAAUGGCACAAAACGGCAUUCCGAUGAUGGCAAUAACCCGAACCCACACCGUACGAGACAGAGCAAGAAGGCCAGCUUCUCCAGAUUCGUGGACAGUGUGCUCGGAACACCCGGUCGCAAUAUGAAAAUUUCAGCCCCCGAGAAUCCGGUUCAUGUUACUCACGUCGGCUACGACAACCAGACCGGUCAAUUCACCGGCCUGCCGAAAGAAUGGCAGCGACUACUACAGGAAAACGGUAUUUCGAAGAAGGAGCAGGAAGAGCACCCACAGACCAUGGUGGAUAUCAUGCGGUUUUACGAGAAGAACACGCGCGGUGAUAGUGACGAUGAAGUCUGGCACAAGUUCGACAAUGCGCAAAUCACAGGGCAGGCCACAAGCCCCAAAGAACAGACAUCGCCACCGGGCAGCCCACGAUUCCCGCAACAUCACGAGGCUAGCUUUGAGAAUCCGCGGUCGCCUCCGCCAGUCCCCCGUGGUCCCCCAGCAGGGACCCCGGUCAUGUCUCCUCCGCUGGGCGGUAUGGUCCCUCACCGUGCGCCCCCAAAGCCGCCGACCGGCAUGAUACCCUCCCGCCCUCCUCCCCAACCCCCGGUCGCGAACGCGUAUGGAGCUCCGCAACGAUCUCCACAGGACACUUACGGCCCUACAUUCGGCACUCCAACGAUUCCGGAAUCCGAGCCAUUGCCAGUAUCUCCCCACCGCAGUCCUUCCGGCUCUCGGAAUGGCACUCCACCCAGCGCCGAUGUUAUCGCGUCUCCAACACAGUACCAACGGCAGCAGGAGCAAGUCAUGGCUGCGGCUCAGCAGGCUUUGGAUCGGAAUCGUACCCAACGCCAGCAAGCACAGCAGCCUCCAGCCCUUUCCACUGCAACAACUGCUCCAGCACCCGAUCUCUCCUCCGGAGUGUCGCCUACCGCGCGAGCUCCACCUGCUGCCAGGCCUAGACAACGCCAGCAACGGCAAAGCGAAGCUUUCGACAUUCGGGCGCGCUUGAUGCAGAUUUGUAACCCCGGUGACCCUACGAAAAUAUACUACAAUCUCAACAAGAUUGGCCAAGGAGCUUCUGGUGGUGUGUUCACUGCAUAUGAGCACCCCAACAACAACUGUGUCGCCAUUAAGCAGAUGAAUCUGGACUUGCAGCCUAAGAAGGAUCUGAUUAUCAACGAGAUCUUGGUCAUGAAGGAUAGCAAGCACAAGAAUAUCGUCAACUUUUUGGAGAGCUUCUUGCAUGGACUGGAUCUUUGGGUUGUGAUGGAAUACAUGGAAGGCGGUAGUUUGACAGACGUGGUUACUUUCAACAUCAUGAGUGAGGGACAGAUCGCGGCUGUCUGCCGAGAGACUCUCAACGGCCUCCAGCACUUACAUUCCAAAGGUGUCAUUCAUCGAGACAUCAAAUCCGACAACAUCCUGCUUGCAUUGGAUGGCAACAUCAAGCUGACCGAUUUCGGUUUCUGUGCUCAGAUCAAUGACUCGCACGCCAAGCGGAACACCAUGGUUGGUACCCCGUACUGGAUGGCUCCCGAGGUUGUCACUCGCAAAGAGUAUGGCCGCAAGGUCGACAUCUGGAGUUUAGGUAUCAUGGCCAUUGAGAUGAUCGAGGGCGAGCCGCCAUACCUGACCGAGUCCCCGUUGCGGGCACUCUAUUUGAUUGCCACGAAUGGAACGCCCGUCAUCAAAGAUGAGCACAACUUAUCCGCAGUCUUCCGUGACUUCCUUUACUUCGCCCUGAAGGUCGACCCGGAGAAGCGGGCAUCGGCACAUGACCUAUUGAAGCACCCAUUCAUGAGUUAUUGUGCACCUCUGUCGCAUCUCGCCCCCUUGGUCAAGGCUGCUCGUAUAAGCCGCGCCCAAGAGAAAGCCCAAAAAGGAGGCGCCUAA